AUGGCCCCAAGGUCAGGAAACAGGGGAAAGGGAAACAAAGCUAAGAAUGAGAAGAAGAAGAAAGAAGAGAAAGUUGUCCCCAAUGUUCUUGACAUAACUGUCAUCACACCUUAUGAAACUCAAGUCAUUCUCAAGGGCAUCUCGACUGACAAGAUACUAGACGUCAGGAGGCUGCUGGCUGCCAAUGUUGAAACAUGUCAUCUUACCAAUUAUUCGUUCUCUCAUGAGGUUAAAGGACAGAAGCUGAAUGACAAGUUGGAGGUUGUCACUCUCAAACCAUGUUUGCUGAAGAUGGUUGAAGAGGAAUACACGGACCAGUCUCAAGUCUUGGCCCACGUGCGGAGGCUGCUCGACAUUGUCGCGUGUACUACACGAUUCGGCAAAAGCAAGGGCGGGAAAACCCCCACGCCACCCGCUGCCGGCUACGGGCAAGAAUCUCGGGCGAAGAAGAAUAAAAGCCAACAUAAUAACGGGCCAUCCAGCCGACCCUCCUCCCCAGCAGAUGGAGAUUCCCGGCUACCGGAUUCGCCGGCGACGGCGGUGGCGGAAGGGUACGAUAUGGUGGCAAUUCACCCGAUUCCGAAGCUCUCCGAUUUCUACGAAUUCUUCAAUUUCUCCCACCUCACUCCUAUUCUAAACCUGAAAAGAUUGGAACGGAAGGAUGGAGAUCUGGGGCGAGAUGGGGACUAUUUUGAAAUGCAGAUAAAAAUAUGUAAUGGGAAGCUAAUGCAAGUUGUUGCUUCAAGAAAAGGGUUCUACACCGUUGGAAAGCAAGUUUUACAAAGUCAUUCCUUAGUGGAUCUUUUGCAGCAGCUCAGUCAAGCCUUUGCCAAUGCAUAUGAUUCAUUAAUGAAAGCCUUUGUGGAGCACAACAAGUUUGGCAAUCUUCCAUAUGGCUUCCGUGCAAACACAUGGCUUGUUCCUCCAUCUGUUGCUGAUCCUGCCAUUCCCUUUGUCCCACUGCCAACUGAGGAUGAAAAUUGGGGUGGCAGCGGUGGGGGUCAGGGAAGAAAUGGGGAGUAUGAUUUGAGACCAUGGGCCACGGAGUUUGCAGUAUUGGCAAACCUUCCUUGUAAAACUGAGGAGGAGAGGGUUGUCCGAGACCGCAAGGCCUUUUUGCUCCACAAUCUUUUUGUUGAGGUUUCAACCUUCAAAGCUGUUUCAGCCAUUGACAAAGUAAUGGAUGCCAUAGUAAAAGGUGAAAUCAAUUAUACUCCAGGUUCCAUUUUGCACGAGGAACGUGUUGGGGACUUGUCUAUUACAGUGAAAAAAGAUACUGCAGAUGCCAGCUCGAAAUUAGAAGUUAAAAAUAUCUCCUCUGGAGCUUCCAACUUAUCAUCAGAGGAAGUAACUCAGAGGAACUUACUUAAAGGACUGACUGCAGAUGAGAGUGUAGUUGUUCAUGAUACGUCGUCAUUAGGAACUGUUGUUGUUAGACAAUGUGGAUAUACUGCAACUAUUAAAGUUACUGGCAACGUCAAAAAGGGAAAGAACUCAAUUCAUGAUAUAGAAAUUGAAGACCAACCAGAAGGAGGGGCCAAUGCCCUUAAUAUAAACAGUUUGAGGGUUUUGCUCCACAAAUCAAUUACAUCAGAACCAUCUGGGGCAGGCCAGUCACCCAACCCUGAUAAUGGCAACUUGGAUCAGUCAAAACUCCUGGUUGAAACAGUUGUUAAAGAUAGUCUAAUUAACUUAGAGAAGGAAGCUGUAUCGCACAGGAGUAUCAGGUGGGAACUUGGCUCUUGCUGGGUGCAGCAUCUACAGAAGCAGGAAACAUCCGCAGAUGAUGGUUCAAAAAAAGAUCAGGAAGGUAACAAGAAUGAACCUGUGGUUAAGGGGCUGGGGAAGCAAUUUAAAAUGUUGAAGAAGCGGGAAAGAAAAUCAGAUAAUUCAAGUACCAUGGAAGAUCAUGAAGAAAACAGUUGCACAGUUAGUGGUUCAAACAUCAAAAGCAGCAUAGCUGAGUCAAGCAGUGAGGAGCUUGAUGAAGGUGCUUCGGAUUUGAGAAAUGUUAUACCUGAAGAAGCUUAUCAACGUCUGAAAGAAAGUGGGACAGGUCUUCAUCUCAAGUCUGUCGAUGAGCUUGUUAAGCUGGCACACAAAUAUUAUGACGAAGUAGCUUUACCCAAGCUGGUUACAGACUUUGCGUCUCUUGAGCUGUCCCCAGUUGAUGGACGCACUCUGACUGACUUCAUGCAUUUAAGGGGGUUGCAAAUGUGUUCUUUGGGUCGGGUGGUUGAACUUGCAGAGAAGCUUCCUCAUAUACAGUCACUUUGCAUUCAUGAGAUGGUUACUCGAGCUUUUAAGCAUGUUCUGAAGGCUGUUAUUGCUUCUGUUGAUGCCGUGUCCAGCUUACCAGGAGCAAUUGCCUCGGCGCUUAAUUUCUUACUUGGCUCAUGGUCCACAGAAGAUGAUAAUCAGAACUCAAGUGAGAAUUAUAAUCUUAACUUGAAAUGGUUGAGGGAAUUUUUGGCACGAAGGUUUGGUUGGAGGCUGAAAGAUGAACUUCUGAAAUUAAGGAAGUUGACAAUUCUUCGUGGACUUUGCCAUAAGGUUGGUUUGGAGUUGGUUCCAAGAGACUUUGACAUGGGAAGUCCACAUCCAUUCAGACCAUCUGAUAUCAUCAGCCUGGUGCCUGUGUGCAAACAUGUUGGGUGCUCUUCUGCUGAUGGAAGGAAUUUGCUGGAGUCUUCUAAGAUUGCCCUUGAUAAAGGAAAGCUUGAAGAUGCUGUUAACUAUGGGACAAAAGCUCUAGCAAAGAUGAUAGCUGUAUGUGGUCCUUAUCAUAGAACUACGGCAAGUGCGUAUAGUCUUCUUGCUGUUGUUCUUUACCACACCGGUGACUUCAAUCAGGCAACUAUUUAUCAGCAGAAGGCCUUGGAUAUCAAUGAAAGGGAGCUUGGGCUUGACCAUCCAGAUACAAUGAAAAGUUAUGGCGAUCUUUCAGUAUUCUACUACCGCCUUCAGCACAUUGAGCUGGCCCUGAAAUACGUCAACCGUGCUCUAUUUCUUCUUCAUUUUACCUGUGGACUGUCUCAUCCAAAUACAGCUGCCACUUAUAUCAAUGUGGCCAUGAUGGAAGAGGGCAUGGGCAAUGUUCAUGUUGCUCUCAGAUAUCUGCAUGAAGCCCUUAAAUGUAACAAAAGAUUGUUGGGAGCAGAUCACAUACAGACUGCUGCAAGCUAUCACGCUAUAGCAAUAGCUCUUUCAUUGAUGGAAGCAUAUUCACUUAGUGUGCAACAUGAGCAAACUACUCUACAGAUUCUUCAAGCUAAACUAGGACUGGAGGAUCUCCGAACUCAGGAUGCUGCUGCAUGGCUUGAAUAUUUUGAAUCAAAAGCACUAGAGCAGCAAGAAGCAGCAAGGAAUGGGACCCCAAAACCUGAUGCAUCUAUUGCUAGCAAAGGCCACCUGAGUGUAUCGGAUCUCCUUGAUUACAUAAGUCCUGAUCAAGAUUCGAGAACCAUGGAUGCACAGAGAAAAAGACGUGCUAAGGUGUUGCCCGUCAGUGAUAAGCUUCAGCAAGGACAAAAUGAUGAUAGAAGAAGUGAUGAAUCCUCAACAGGUGAUGACACAGAUACCAGUCCAGUGGCAGCUGAAACCAAAAAAGUGGAAACUAAGGAAGACACAGUUCCCAUCCUGGAACCUAAUGUCACUGAUAGGCGUGCCAGCAAUCCUCCAAUUUCUGAAGAGAUUGUCCAGGAGAUUAGCUCAGAUGAAGGCUGGCAAGAAGCUAACUCAAGAGGACGGUCGGGAAAUGGUGCUAGCAAGAAGUUGAACCGCAGAAAGCCAAAUCUUUCCAAGUUAAAAAUUAAUUCUGAUUGGCAGAAUGCUGCUGAUAGCAACCACCGCAGGGAAGCUAUUGUACAGGGACGUAAGGCAGCAGUGUCUAAAGCUGCAUCAUCUGACUAUUCUAUGCAGAAGCAACCAAAGACUGUUAGCCCAAGUACGGCUGAAGAUUCUAAACCACUCGCCAAGCCUACGGCUCUGAGAAUCUCUCCAACAUCAGUUUCUAAAGUUUCCCCAAAUCCUAGUAUGACGCCCACAGCUACCAAGUCAUUGUCAUAUAAAGAUGUAGCCCUGGCCUCACCAGGUACAGUUCUAAAGCCUUUACUGGAGAAAGUUGAAGAAUUACACGAGGCCAAAACUGAUUUCCCCAUCUCCAAUAGUCAACCUGAGAUAUUAGAGAAUGGGACAGAAAGCACGACCGUGGAUGAUGUGGCACCAAGUCAAGAGGAGACAGGAUCACAUGAUGAAGGCGAAACAAGUGAAAAUGUUGGAAAGGAAGAGAACUCAUCUCCAGAGACCGAGGACGAUUCUAGUCAAAAUGAGCUAGAGAAACAAGCCGAUACAAAUGGGAGCAAACUUUCUGCUGCAGCUCCUCCAUUCAAUCCAGGUUGCUAUCCUUUCGUCCAUCCACUAAGCUCCCCAACUGCUCCCACCAGUGUCUACGACGUAGUAGCUAGCCAGGGUAUGCUCACUGAACCUGUGGCUUUCCCUUCGAUUGCUGCUCGAGUACCCUGUGGGCCUAGAUCCCCUAUGUACUACAGAACAAGCCAUUCUUUCCGGAUGAAACAUGGGAUCAUGAAUUACCAAAUCCCUGCUGCGGAAAGAAAUGCCACAAAAACUAUGAAUCCUCAUGCACCUGAAUUUGUUCCGCGAAGAGCUUGGGUCCAGGUUGCACCAACUGAAAGCUCAACAACAGAUGCCUCUGAUCCAUCUGCAGUAUCCAGUGCCUCAGAACCUGAAGUUUCUGCAGAGGAAAGUCUUGAUAAGAAAAACAAUGUCGUGGCUAAAGAAGGAUCGAAGAAAACUUCUUCAGAAGCUGAGAAAGCUGAGCUGGCGAGGCAAAUUUUGCUUAGCUUCAUUGUCAAGUCAGUUCAGCAUUCUUCCGACUCACAAAGUGAGCCCUCAGCCAGCGAGAAGAAGCGCGAGUUCUCUGGAAGUUCUGCAGAAGCAAUCGCAAACGACAGUGCGAUCAUAAAAAUCCUGUACGGAAACGAGGGAAAGAAAGAGGUGGUUUCCAAAGGGCAGAACAACGAAACACAAAACAGGGCGGACUCGAACAAGAAUAAACACGGGGAUGGCGAAGGUUUUGUGGUGGUUACAAAGCGGAGAAGAAACAGACAGCAUUUCACCAAUGGGGUGAAUGGCUUGUACAAUACACAAUCUAUCUGUGCUUCAGUUCGUUGA